AUGGCUUCGUCCGGCGAAGCGUCAGAGCUCUUCAGCUCGGAUCUGCUGGUCGAAGUCGCCCCGCUGGCCUGCAAGGAGAUCCUAAACUGCGCCAGCAAGAAGAAGCCGCUGCCGUCGGUGUUAGGCUCGCGGAUUGGCACUGCGCUGCACCUCAUUGCGAGGCACUUGGAGGUAACGCAGCCAUUCCUGCUCCCUGCCACGGCCCAGGACCUCUCGCGCCGGGCUCUGCAGGAUUUUCUGAAAAUUUGCAAGUGGCCAGCAAAGUCGGCCGCAAUCAAGGCGGAGGACUAUGAAGAGUUUAAUAACUGGCUGCCGUUUCCAAGUUCUCGCAGCAUCUACGACGAACUAAACAUACUAUUCUCGUCGCGGCCGGUGAUGAUGCGCGCCGGCAUCAAGAAUUUCCUGGCCGCGAAACAGACCGACGUGGAAUUCUACGCCAACCGCUUCCAGGAGCUCCUCGACCUGCUAGAGCCAGACAACCGAAAGCUCGACGGCGUAGGCCAGAGCAGCUUGCACGGCAGACAUCUCAAGCCGCACGACGAAUAUGUCUACCCGGACGACAUCCGUGAGAAUUUAAUUACGGCACUGAAGGAGCAUGCGACGUGUGUGUCCUCGGUGCAUAAGUCAGAAGCACCGGUGGGCAUGAAUCCUCGCCAUCCCACCAGAUUGUGUCUCAGCACCGAGGGACGAAAUGUGAAACAGCUUGUCGAGUUCGAUCUCGUCAUGGCUUUUAUGAAUUUCGAGUUCUGGCAGGACUUCUCGCUAAGCGUUGCAUUAAAACCCGACGAAAGGUCCAAGAUGUCAUCUGGUGCCAUGGCUUCAGUCGAACUACCAGACGAUACAGACCGCCAAAUCAUCAUCAUGAAAGUCGGAGACGUCUGCCGCAUCCUCGAGCGCGAACGCAAGUCGCGCUCCGGCCUUAAGCUCCUCCUCGAGCUGGACCACAACUGUCACCUGCACAAGCACCGGAUCGCGCACACGCUCCCGUACGCCAAGCCGCAGGGCAAGGGCCUCUCGCUCGCCGAACUCCUCGACUUGGGCCAUUACGACCUCACCCCAAAGGACAGGAUCAUGCUGUCAUUUGCCGUCGCGCGCAGCUUCUGGGAGUUCUACGGGAGCGAGCUGACGACGGCGCGGUGGUGCAGUGAGGACAUCUGGCUCAUGCCACGGUGUAAGAAGGACCAGACGAGCAGCGAUAACUUGGAGCUCAAGGCGUUUGUGAACUUUCCGUUUGGGCAGGACCCGCCGGGGCCGGAUGAGUUUCUGGAGGUGGAUGAUUUGACACACAGUUAUCCGCGGAUUCUGUCACUGGGUAUCAUCCUGCUUGAGAUUGGGCGCGGCGAGAAGCUGGGAUUACUACCGCUGACUGCUAACGAGAAUCUUGGGGAACUGCGUGAUAGUGUGAAUGAUGCCCACUCGGACGCAAGCAGUCAACUAGCGGCGCUCAAUAACGAAGUCUGGGAAAUGUGCAAGUACAAGAAAGCCUUCGACACUGCGGUUUCAAACUGCCUGGACCCCAGCAAGUUCAUCGAAAGCCCCAGUACCCGCAAACGGCGAAGCAGGCUAACUCCAGAAGAGUACGAGAAGCUCUCACCGCAGCGGAAAGCAGCCGAGGACCAGAAGCGGACAGAGUACCAGAAGCGCGCCAUGCAGGACCGCCGAGAGGCCAUCUACCACAACGUCGUGUCGCCACUCUACUGGCUUGCUAAGGUCGGCAACGGCGACGGAAAAGAUGACAUGUUCAUCAGACCCCGCAAGGGGCAGCACGCCAAGAGGCGCCGCCAGUCCACCUUUUCAGACAACCCAGACAAAGCUGAGAUCCAGGAGCUCUGGAAACGCGUCCAGACCCCGAACUUCGACAGCGAUCGGCGAGUGGAAGGAAGUGCUGAAAGGUGGUUCGAGGACAUCCGGGCCAUCUCCAACUUGGUAUUUCAUCGGAGACGUAUAUUAGAUGUCAGAAUGGGGAUCAAGUUGCCCCCGGUUCGGAUUGCCAUUCUCGACACGGGCUGCGACUUAACCUUGAAAUCUUUCCAGGCGGCAAAGUGCUUCAAGGGGUGGCGCGACUUUGCGGUAGAACCGCCGUCUGAGACUGGGGUGGAUGAAUAUGGGCAUGGGACGUUCAUGGCGCGGCUUGUGAUGCAGAUGGUGCCAGGCUGCGAGCUCUACAUUGCGCGCGUUGCGCAGACGGGGCAGCAGCUGGAGCGCAAUGAGGAGGGCGUCGCAAAGGCUAUAAGACACGCGGGCAAGGAGUGGGAAGUCGACGUUAUCUCCAUGUCCUUCGGCUUCCCCAAAUUCAGCCAGUCCAUUAGCGACGCCAUCCACGACGUGAAAAAAGCCCGCGAGGGCGCCAUCGUCUUCCUCGCCAGCGCAGGCAACGACGUCGAUCGCGCCGAGGCCUACCCGGCCUGCGACCCCUCAGUCAUCUCCAUGUACGCCGCCGAAAGCACCGGCGCCUUCCUCAAGACCAACCCCAUCCCCUCGGAGGAAUCGCGGCGCUUGCUGGGCACGUACGGCGACAACGUCCCCGACGCUGUCCUGGCGGAGCUGCGCGCGCGGUUUGCGCAGCGUGACUUUAGUGCCGGGACGUCGGUUGCGACGGCGGUGGCGGCGGGCGUCAUGGGCCUGAUGCUGGCGUACGCGGCGCUGGUGCCACAUGUGCUGCGCGGGUGCGGCGCCGAGGGCGUGUACAGCGACCUGAAGACGACUGACGGCAUGAGACAUAUGCUUUUUGGCAUGGCGAAGUCGUGGAAUGCGCUGCAGUAUUUCAUCAAUCCGAUUCUGUUCUGGUCGUACAAGUCGGAUGAUUCGAGCAUGUAUCGGGGGAUGUGUAGGGCUUUACCGCAGAAGGAGGUGAUGAGAUAG